AAUAAUUGCGUGCAAAGGUGAAAGAAAUAUUUUCCGAACCCUACAAAUCAAAUCACAUCGUAUGGUAGAAAUUCGGACAAUUUCAUUAUAAUAAAGAAGCAACGUCGUCAGACAGUUGACGACAGUAUUCUCACUGUCUUAUUAUCCGUUUAGACCCCAUUAAUUUGGUACUGCAGAUUUGUUUUACUUAUCAAGGAUAAGAGAAAAGAAAAGGUCAGGUCAGACACUCUCUCUACUAAAACAACCAGUUUCAGUGGAGGUGGAAAUUGAAUGGGGAGUGUUACAGAAGAAGAGGGAGUUUUACUGUACAGAGUAUUGUCGUCGUCGUCUUCCUCGUCAGCUUCUUCGGAUGAAUGGAAUCCAACGGACACUGUGAUUUUCUUUGGGUUAAGUUUGGGGCUUGGGAUUGCGUGCAGACAUGUCUUGCGUGGUACCCGAGUCCCUUACACUGUUGCUCUACUCGUCAUCGGCAUUGCUCUUGGAUCCUUAGAAUAUGGUACCAGUCAUAAACUGGGAAGGAUUGGGGACGGAAUCAGGCUCUGGGCACAUAUUGAUCCUGACCUUUUAUUGGCUGUUUUCCUUCCUGCCCUUCUUUUUGAGAGUUCCUUUUCAAUGGAAGUCCACCAAAUUAAGAGGUGUAUGGCACAAAUGCUUCUACUUGCCGGUCCUGGAGUUCUGAUUUCAACAUGUUGUCUUGGGUGUGCUUUGAAGCUCAUUUUCCCAUAUAAUUGGAAUUGGACAACCUCCUUGUUGCUUGGUGGACUUCUGAGUGCUACUGAUCCUGUGGCUGUUGUUGCUCUGUUGAAAGAGCUUGGUGCAAGCAAAAAAUUGAGUACAAUAAUUGAAGGAGAAUCCCUAAUGAAUGAUGGGACAGCAAUUGUGGUCUAUCAGCUAUUCUAUCGGAUGGUCCUUGGGGAGAGCUUUAACUGGGUUUCCAUACUCAAAUUUCUAACUCAAGUCUCACUUGGAGCUGUAGGCAUUGGUAUUGCUUUUGGAAUUGCAUCUGUUUUGUGGCUCGGGUUUAUCUUUAAUGACACGGUGAUAGAGAUUGCGCUGACACUAGCUGUGAGCUACAUUGCCUACUUCACUGCUCAAGAGGGUGCUGGUGUUUCUGGUGUUUUGGCAGUGAUGACUUUAGGAAUGUUUUACGCUGCAGUAGCCAGGACUGCUUUCAAGGGUGAUGGUCAACAGAGCUUGCAUCAUUUUUGGGAAAUGGUUGCUUAUAUUGCGAAUACUCUAAUUUUCAUCUUAAGCGGCGUUGUUAUAGCAGAAGGUGUUCUGAGCAGUGGCAAUAUUUUUCAUAACCAUGGGCAUGCAUGGGGCUACCUAUUUCUUCUGUACAUUUUUGUGCAACUAUCCCGGUUUGUAGUUGUUGGAGUAUUGUAUCCAUUUUUACGAUAUUUUGGUUAUGGUUUGGAUUGGAAGGAAGCAACCAUUCUCAUAUGGUCAGGUCUUCGAGGGGCUGUUGCAUUAUCACUUUCAUUGUCUGUCAAGCGCACUAGUGACAGCUCAAUGUAUCUCAGUUCUGAAACAGGAACCUUGUUCGUUUUCUUCACUGGUGGAAUCGUACUUCUGACUCUUAUCGUGAAUGGGUCAACAACACAGUUUAUUUUACAUCUUCUAGACAUGGAUAGGAUAUCAGCUACCAAGAAGCGUAUAUUGAACUAUACAAAGUAUGAAAUGCUGAACAAAGCACUAGAGGCUUUUGGUGAUCUUGGAGAUGAUGAGGAACUUGGACCUGUCGACUGGCCUACAGUUAAAACAUAUAUUGCAAGCUUAAAUAAUUUGGAAGGGUCAUUUGAACACCCCCAUAGUGCAUCUGAAGCUGGCAAUAAUUUAGACCCAAAUAAUUUGAAAGAUAUCCGCUUACGCCUUCUAAAUGGAGUCCAAGCUGCUUAUUGGGGCAUGCUUGAUGAGGGAAGGAUAAUGCAAACAACUGCAAAUAUUUUGAUGCAAUCAGUAGAUGAAGCAAUCGACCUGGCUUCCCAUGAGUGUCUAUGUGAUUGGAAGGGCUUGCGAUCCAAUGUUCAUUUUCCAAGUUAUUACAAGUUCCUUCAAGCAAGCAUUUUCCCUCAGAGGAUGGUUACUUAUUUCACUGUGGAGAGGCUUGAAUCUGCAUGCUACAUUUGUGCUGCAUUUCUACGUGCCCAUAGAAUUGCACGGCGGCAACUACACGACUUUAUUGGUAAAUUGGGUGGCAGUGAUAUUGCUUCUAUAGUCAUUAACGAAAGUGAGGCAGAAGGAGAAGAAGCAAGAAAAUUCUUGGAAGAUGUCCGUGUUACAUUUCCUCAGGUUUUACGUGUUGUGAAAACAAGACAAGUAACAUAUUCAGUGCUGAACCAUUUAAUUGAUUAUGUCCAAAAUCUUGAGAAGGUUGGGUUAUUGGAAGAAAAGGAAAUGCUUCAUCUUCACGAUGCUGUCCAGACUGACUUGAAAAGACUUCUAAGAAAUCCUCCUUUGGUAAAGGUUCCCAAAAUAACUGACUUGAUUAGUGUCCAUCCGCUCUUGGGAGCCCUUCCUUCUAUGGUGCGUAAAGCCCUUGAAGGUUCUGCAAAAGAAAUAAUGAAACCAUGCGGAGUGCCCCUUUACAAAGAAGGCUCCAAACCAAAUGGUGUCUGGCUUAUUUCCAAUGGUGUUGUCAAGUGGACAAGCAAGAACAUUAGGAGCAGGCACGCACUGCAUCCAACUUUUACACAUGGGAGCACACUGGGCCUGUAUGAACUGCUAGUUGGGAAACGUUGCAUGUGUGACAUAAUAACAGAUUCUGUGGUACUCUGCUUUUUUAUUGAAAGUGAGAAAAUACUUUCGGUGCUAGGGUCUGACCCUGCAGUUGAAGAUUUCCUAUGGCAGGAAAGUGCAAUCGUUCUUGCCAAACUCUUGCUUCCUCAAGUAUUUGAAAAAAUGCCAUUGCAAGAAUUGAGAGUCCUUGUUGCACGAAGGUCAGUGAUCACCACAUACAUUAGGGGAGAAACUAUAGAAGUGCCGCAUCAUUCUCUUGGCUUUCUAUUAGAAGGAUUCAUAAAAGCCCAUGGUUUCCAAGAAUUAAUUGCAUCACCUGCAGUCCUUUUGCCUCUGCAAGGAAAUCAAAGCUCUCAAAACAUAGAGAUAUCAGGUUCCCAGGCAGCCAGUUUCUCUCAUCAAGGAUCCCGAUAUCAAGUUGAGGCGAGAGCAAGAGUAAUCUUUUUUGACAUUGCAGCAUUUGAAGUUGAUGGUGCUUUGAGGAGAAGGCCAUCCUCAUUAGCAUCAGUUGAUCGCCCCAAUAGACCUUUAACUAGAGAGCAUGGUGGUCUUAUGAGUUGGCCUGAAAAUUUCUACAGACCAAGGGAACGUAAGCCAAACUGUGAAGGGACAUAUCGACCAGCAAAUAGCUUGUCUGCAAGAGCAAUGCAGCUGAGUAUCUUUGGCAGCAUGGUUGAUAUGCGGAGGCGUGCCCACAGCUUUUCCAGUAGCCAAGUAAAGCGAUCACACAGCAUGUCAGUUUUAAGAAUGGCAUCGUUUCGUAACCGCCAACAAGUUCCUGUCCCAUCAGAAGGAGCUACUUCUGCAAGGAUGAGUCUUGAAGUGAGAAACUUGAUUGGAAAAACUCCUGCUCCCCAACUGCAUAGUGCAGGCACAAAUGAGACUCACACCAUGGAUAAUUACAGUGAUGAAUCUGAUGCUGAAGAUGAAAUCGUGGUAAGAAUUGAUUCACCUAGUAGGCUGUCAUUCCAUCAGGAAUCUUAGUUUGUGUUGUCAGUGAUCUCUAGUGUGAUUAUUGAAUUUCUGUGGCUUUCGGGUUUUUUAUGUUAAGUGAGUUUGUAUAUAAAGAAACAAAAUAAACAAGUUGUGAAGUUUCUCUAAUUCAGAUCUAGUAAGUUGAUUCUUCA